GUUGAAGCAUAAUUUGACCCUGCAUCUCGGCCUCCCACAUCUUUCUUCUGCUAGAUCUAUAACUAGUUUCUUCCUGCAGCUAAACCUUGGUAAUCAAUAGCUUGUAGAUACUCCGCAUCUUCGGCAAACAUCUCACCUUCAAAGUCAUCACAUUCAUCACAUCACAGUCUCGAGAUGGCGCUAAACCCAAACGGAGAAUACGGACCUGUCAUCCGUCCAUCAUCGGGGCGCGAGAUGUCCGCAAUCCGGGGGGCAGUAAGUGGGUACAGAGAUGUUAGAAAAGUGUCAGUUGAGAUCCAUCUUCCCAGGCUUUAACCUCUCUUGAAAUGAUGAACACUCGGGCCUGAGAAGCUCGCUAAACAAAGCACCGACUGUCGAUUGCUGGCCAUGAGGUUGCUAAGAUGGCCUCACAAGGACAAGCCGCCGGUUCUGCUCAAGGUGCGGUCCUCGGCUGGCCUCAUCGUCACCACAUGUUCCUUUGCAAUCUUCACUGACAUCUUUCUGUAUGGUGUCAUCGUUCCCAUACUUCCAUUCUCUCUUCAGGAUCGAAUUGGUAUCAGCACAAAAAGGGUGCAGUACUGGGUCUCCAUAGCAUUGGCCGUGUUUGGUGCUGCACUCUUGGCUGGUUCUCGUAUGUCCACAGUCCUCCCUUGAAGUGAUAGUAUAUAACUUAUGGUGACUAUAACAGCUGUCUGGGGUUAUCUAGCCGACAGAAUCCACAACCGCCGGGUACCUAUGCUUAUAGGUCUUAUUGUAUUGUGUGGUGCUACCGUUUUUCUAUGCGUAGGUCGCACGCUUGCUCUCUUCAUGAUCGGCCGUGCUCUGCAAGGUAUAUCGGCCGCACUAACAUGGACUGUUGGCCUUGCACUUGUUGUCGAUACUGUCGACAAGGAGCAUAUCGGCAAAGCCAUGGGUUGGAUCAGCACAGCUUGCAGUCUGGGCAUCUUGGUGGCACCUCUACUGGGAGGUCUCGUAUAUGGAAAGGGAGGUUACUACUCCGUUUUCGCCAUGUGCUUUGGCCUUCUCGCUGUUGACAUUGUCCUGCGUCUUAUCAUCAUCGAGGUCAAGGACACCAAAAGGUGGCUUGAUAGGGCGGAACCUAUAGCCGAGGCAGAUCCAGAACGUGUCGUAACGGAGGAACCGAAAAUUGAGAAGAGCAAAGAUAAUAUCGCUCAGCAAACAGGUGGGCAGACCAAGGACGUGUCAGACCCAUCACGAUCACCUAUCAAGACACUCGUCAAGCUCCUGGGGCAGCCUCGAUUCCUGGCUGCUCUGUGGGGAACCUUCGUUCAGGCACUUAUCAACACGGCGCUCGAAAGUACUCUCCCCCUUCUCACACACGAGUUAUUUGGCUGGGACUCCAUUGGAGCAGGACUAAUAUUCCUCCCGGUCAUUCUGCCAUCAUUUCUGGGACCUGUGGUUGGCAUGGUUGGCGAUCGAUACGGGCCUAAGUGGCUCGCUUCAUUCGGCUUCCUCUUCGCCACACCCUUUGUUGUAUGUCUGAGGUUCGUCGACGAGAAUACGAUUCAAGACAAGAUCCUUCUUUGCGGGCUCUUGGCUGGUGUGGGCAUCACCACGGCCUGCAUCUUUGGUCCCCUGAUGGCCGAGAUCACUUGGUCCGUCCAGGGCGAGGACGGCACUGAAGGUGCGGGGCAGAUUGCUCAAGCGUAUGGCCUGUAUAACAUGGCAUACUCGGGAGGGUCUCUGGUAGGACCUAUAAUGGGCGGAAUGGUCAAGGAUAGCGCUGGUUGGGCAACUGUCGGAUGGAGUCUGGGUAUAGUAGUGUUUGUGUCCGCUAUUCCAACCGUUUUGUAUACGGGCGGGCCACUGAAGGUAAAGCUUAGAGGUUGGAGGUGACAGAAUUCAGCUGAAGCCUAAAUAAUUCAAACAGAAUACAAUUAUUGUAGGUUCAAGAUUGAGGUUAUUUAUAUACAUAUAAAAGUAUACGUAGUCCUUCACUGCCCGAACUGGAUGUCUCGGAC